AUGGGAGACUCUUUCACGACCGAGGCCUUCACCCUCUUGGGCGUUGGUAUUGCUGUUAUUGCACUCAGGACGGUGGCGCGCGCGACCGCGGUAGGCGUCAGGGGGUUUCAAUUCGACGAUUAUCUUAUGUGUAUUGCUGGUGUGAUAUACUCUCUCGAAACAGCGGCAGCAUACGUCGUUGGCGCUUGGUGGCUCGGACUUGCAAACAACGGAAUGACAGACGAGCAGCGCAGAAUGCUCGAUCCUGAGUCGCAUGAGUACUCGCUACGAGUGGGUGGGUCGAAGACACAGCUGGUGGGCUGGAGUUUGUACACACUCCUAUUAUGGACACUGAAGCUAUGCAUGUGUCACUUCUAUUCGAGGUUGACAUCCGGACUCCAUCAUCUGGAGAUGCGUGUCAAGAUUGGCUAUGUGUUGAUCGGGGCAACAUACGUCGCCACAGAGCUGUCUAUCCUUUUAGGCUGUCGACCCUUCGAAAGGAAUUGGCAGAUAUACCCUGACCCAGGCAACUAUUGUCAGCCAGCAAUUUCCAAGAUCGACUUGUAUGUCACCGUAGUGCUGAACGUCCUGACAGACAUGUACCUCAUGUCAAUACCAAUGCCAAUGCUGUGGAAGGCCAGUCUCGAUAUCAGGAGGAAACUAUCGCUGGUCCUGGUCUUCGGAGGCGGCAUCUUUGUCAUGAUGGCUGGCAUACUACGGUGCGCCCUUAUCAUUAAGGAUCCGAUUAAUGGCGCACAAGCUGCAGGAAGUUGGGCCUGUCGCGAGACCUUUGUCGCAGUCGUGAUCGGCAACGUGCCUCUGAUCUACCCGCUUACACGGCGCGGUGUCGAGAAAGUGUACUCAAUAGCUGGCGCCUCCAAACAUGGCCACGCCUCCCGGAGCCACGGAUGCCAGCAUGAUGGCGACUCGCUGCCACUCAAGUCCAGCUGGAGCAAGCCUGCUCGAGGGGGGAAAAACCGCAGCGUCAAUGCUCUGCCGACUACAUGGAACGACGACCUUGGAGCAGAUGGCUGGGAGAGUGAGAUUCCCGGAUCGAAUAGCCACACGAAGUCGCACUCACGGCAUACAAGCGCGAUCGAGAUUCACGAGGCAAAGGGAGGUAUCCAAGUAACGCAAGAAACCAUAUUGCACUCGGAGAUAGGGAAGUCUUGA